AUGGUUGAAGUCCCACGUAAUUUUCGUCUUUUAGAGGAACUGGAGGCGGGUGAAAAGGGAACUGGGUUGAACCAAAAUGUUUCUGUUGGUCUGCGCGAUACAGAUGACAUUUACUUUCACAAUUGGAAUGGAACCAUAGUGGGACCCCCUGGCACCACGUUUGAGUAUCGCAUUCUCCUGUUAGAGAUCUAUUGUGACGAAAUGUACCCCAAAGCUCCACCGCAUAUUCGUUUUGUGAGCAAAGUAAAUCUGCCAUGCGUCGAUUCGGACGGUAACGUGAAUCCUACUAAGUUUCAUCUGUUCCGUAAUUGGGAUCGACGCACAACGAUGGAGAUGUGCCUCGCGGAAUUGCGUAAGGAGAUGCAGCAGCCAGCGAAUCGUAAGCUUCCGCAGCCAGAGGAAGGGUCGGUUUACUAGCCCAAAGAUCCAUAGGGUUUAGACUUUAGGGUGGGUGGUGGUGGGGAAUAUUUUUAAUACUUAACGUGGUUAUUGGUUGCUGUUGUUGUGAUGAUGGGGUAAUGGACUAAAGGGGAAGGUUAGUUGAGUUUUUCACCCCUGAAAAUGAAUAUUUUGUGUCCAUACAAAAUGUCUGUUGAACACGUAAAAAGAAUGAUAACUAAAUUGGCAGUGCGCUUGAGAGAUACGAAUUAUUUGUUUCCAUUCCCUGCAUAUGCAGAAGGCUUAGACUAGUUUUCUUGUGUACGCUACCCUGGAUUUGUUAUAUAGGUGAUAUCUGUUAAAAAUUAAUGCUUUGGAGUAUUUUCUCAAGCACUUUUUUGCGUCUAAUACUCUUUCAGUUAGUCUGAAACCAGAUAUAUUAGGGCUGUGUCAAUAUGUUACGAAAAAAAGAAAGCUAACCGGUGUGUGGGGGUAUCCGUCUCGAAAAAGUUAUAUUGUAUUAUUGUUAUUAUUUUCAAUAUUGAUUUUAAUUGUUUUCUUUGGGCUAGGUUAAGAAUUCUAUGUGUUUCGAUUCAUCAGCCCUACCUUUUCUCACCAUUUUCUUCUCUUUCUUCAGAUUUAUGGCUCGAAAAUAGUCAACUUGAGCGAACUCCAAUCACUUUAUAUGAUUCAUAGAGUGUAAUGUGUAAGAAAUUUGUAGUCGCUUGUAGGUAGCGGUUAUAAUAUUUUUAGUGGAAAACAUUGAAUACUUACAUUAAUUAUAGGGACUCUUGAGUGACCUCUUUCAUAGAAGCUGUUCUGACCGCUUUAAGCAA